CCUUCCUUCCCUCUUUCCAUGACUCCCUUCUCUCUCCCUCUCUCCUUCAUCCAGAUCAGUGCAUGCCCAAGGCAGCAGGGUCCCACUGCGGUGCUCUGUGCUCACAUAUUCCUCCAGCCCACUGCCUCCUCCUUCAAGCCCAGAGGAAACUCUUUCCGGGCAUCUCAAGCUCAUUGCCAUGGCUGCAGCUUCCAAGAAGUCGCCUGUCACCUUUGUCCAGAGGGUGGGAUCUGUCCUCUUCUUCCUUCACUUUGCUUCGGUCAAAGCUGACGGGAAGUUGUUUGCCGUUGGACCCAGGAACGGCACCCAGAGUCUGGACCUUGCCAUGGCUCAGCAAUCAUGUGCUGCCUUUGGAGCUUAUUUAGCCAGUGCAGAAGAAUUGAAGAAAGCCAUUAGAGACUGUUCCUUUGCUGUCUGCACUACAGGCUGGCUAACGGAUGGCACUAUUGGGACAACUGUGUGCAAUAGGACAGGCAGCAAACCACAAAGCGUGAAAGUGGUUGAUGUUCAGAUUGAAACGGAUCCCUCUCCAAGUGGCAGAUACAAUGCUAUUUGUGUGAAGGCUGAAGGCAAACCAUGUGGGGAUCCUCCAUCUUUCCCUCAUACUAUUCUGCAUGGAUAUACUGGGUUUGAAAUGGGAGAUGAACUGCACUACGUCUGUGCCCAGGGAUAUGCCAUGAGUAACAAGGACAUGGCUUUUACUCUGCUCUGUCACACAUGCGGGGAAUGGUUUGGUCAAGUACAGGCUUGUGUCAAAGAUGAAACCGAGGGGCAUAUUGAUUAUGAAGAUAAUUUCCCUGAUGACCGAUCUAUGCCAACGGAAGAUCAUGAGCAUAAUGUUAAAGAGACAGAAGAAAAAGAACAGGAGCCAGAGAAAGCCAUGGAUGGUAUUACCAGGACUUACGUUGCUGAUGGUGACAACCACAUUGGUAUCACAUUUAUGUUGAAUGAGCAGGACACCAAGAUGAUAUAUGAAAGUGAAGACUUCCCUGCUGGACCUGUUAUUGUGAAUAAUGAUACAAAAGCAGCAAAACGGAUAGAAUCCAAUGUAGAUGAGUCCUGGCUAGAUGGCUACCCUGUUACUCAAGAAGCCAUAGAAGAAGAGGAAGAUGAAGAAGGGGAUAAAAUGGAUGGUUCUAUGGGGAGAGAAGAUGACUUUGCCACUGAUCAAAGGAGUUAUGAUGGAAUGAUGAGAACAGGGGGCAGCAACGUGGGCAAGGAUUUGGUACCGACUGAGUCAGCCUUGCCAUUGACAUAUAGUGAUGGGAUUGAAAGAAUAUUAGUAAGGCUACUUCCAACAAGUGGCCCAGAGACUGGAAUUGUAAGUUCUGAGGAUGUCCUCCUUUAUGCCACGGGAUUAGUCACUCAGGAGCUCGCACCCAUAAGUACAGUCACUACCUUGGACCUGGAGAUGGUGGACACUUCAGCAGUGCUCCGUGUCACUGACCACGUACCAUUACCAGAAGAAGAAUAUGAAACUGUGACCUUCCCAAUACAAACAAUUACUACUGUAUCUUCUCAAAACACGUUUACCACUAUAGCAAGAGAAGCUCUUACCUAUGGACUAGAUGGAAAGUCCGUGACCACUUUUGAACCAUGUGCUGGGGCUGAUUGUUCCACCCCAAAUAAAGGCCCCAUAGUAGCUAUUGGUGUGACUGUUGUGUGUUUGCUUUUUCUUGCUACAAUCCUGGCCGUCUGGUGCUUCAAGAAACGGCAACAGAAGACCUCUGUCUAUAAACUGAAUGGGAAAGAUCAUGCUGGGCACCAGCCGCAACAGAUUGAAAUGCAAAAAGUCUAAUCCAGAGAACUAUAUUCAAAUGUAAAAGAAGAGGGGAAAGAGACGCUGAAUGAAAAAAGGAUACUGUAAUGCACAUGUUCUCAGAAAGCAAGAAGAAAAAAGCUGUUCGCGGAUCAGCAGGAUUUAUAGCUAUCUGAAAUCACAAAGAUUUGAUAUCAGUAUUAAUUAACUAGCGGAACAGUAGACUUUUUAAACACCCACUUGCUUGAAGACAUCAAGAUGGGAUAGCUUUCUGAAACAGGUGUUCAAUUAUAGACAUAAUGGCUAGAGAACUAUGUGUAUCGUGGGUAUCAUGGAUGCAGCCUGUAAAGCGUGGGAAACC